AUGAUGCACACUCUCACGUUCAUCGACGAGCAGACGUAUCAGUUCGAAAAUAUGUACGGUAUGGUUCACAUAGAUGAAAAGUGGUUUAACGAGGACAUCGAUGAGCGUACCUUCUUGGUUCCCCCCCCCCCCGAUGAAGAACUGCCAGAGCGCCACCGCCGAAGCAAACGAUUCAUCCCCAAGACUAUGUUUCUGGCAGCAGUUGCCUUCCCGAGAUGCGACUACCAUCGUAAAACCAUGUUUGAUGGCAAGCUUGGGAUCUGGCCUCUAGUCGAGGACUAUACCACUCAACGAAACAACGCUAACCGCCCAGCAGGGACAGUUUUCACGAGGAAUAUCGCGUCUAUCGACCGAGACGUCAUCAAGGAGUUUUUGCUGAAGGAGGUCAUACCCACAAUCAAGCGGAAGUGGCCCGCACAAGAGCAAGACAAGCUCAUUCUGAUUCAGCAAGAUAACGCCAAGCCCCACGUCUCCCCGCACGACUCCGAAAUCGUGGCAGCUGGGACUGCCGAUGGAUGGAACAUUCGUAUGUUCUGUCAGCCACCCAAUUCACCGGACCUAAAUACCAAAGGUGGAAACGAAUACAUUUUACCGCACAUAGGAAAGCGGAAGUUGCGGCGUGAAGCCAAGCUUCCAGAAGUACUAGCAUGCGCAAAACGUCUUUUUGCGACUGCGCUUGAAGCUGUAGGAGGCGAUCCUUUCGUCGAAAUUGAUACUUCUGACAAAUAG